AUGUCCUUGAACACCGACAAGACCAUCACCGUCUCCGUCUCCCGCAGUCGCCGACCGCGCCGUAAAUACGAAUGUCAGCAUUGUCCCAAGACCUUCAAGCGCAGUGAACAUUGCAUUCGCCAUGAGCGCAUCCAUACUCACGAGAAACCAUUCUCAUGCCAGUACUGCCUCAAGGCAUACUCGAGGAAGUGCGAACACAUCCCCGUCCCCGCAACGUCCUUCUGUCGCUAA